AGGAGUUUAUGUCUGACCUAUUUGUGCAUACAAGGAUUGAUUACUUGUCCGAGGUGGUUCCCGGAAGAACAGCUUGGAGGUUUACGAGGAGUUUAUGUCUGACCUAUUUGUGCAUACAAGAGGAGUUUAUGUCUGACCUAUUUGUGCAUACAAGUGACGAUCGAGUUGCGCUUCCAUGGUUAAAGUUACACUAUAGACCAUCUGGUACCAUUUUUGUGCUUGAUCAGACAUUUGAAUGUUCAAUUGAGUGGUCUGGGCAACCUCAGAUGAUGAAUGGAGCUGGUCAAAAACUGACUACUAAUGAUGCCUUAGCGUAUCUCAAGGCAGUAAAGGAUAUUUUUCAAGAUAAGAGGGAUAAAUAUGAUGAAUUUUUGGAGGUCAUGAAAGAGUUUAAAGGACAGAGAAUUGAUACUGUGGGUGUCAUCGCUAGAGUGAAGGAUCUUUUUAGAGGUCACACAGAUUUGAUAUUAGGAUUCAACACCUUUUUGCCAAAGGGAUAUGAAAUCACCCUUCCGAUAGAGGAUGAGCAACCUCACCCGAAAAAGCCAGUUGAAUUUGAUGAAGCUAUGAGUUAUGUGAACAAGAUAAAGACUCGGUUUCGUGGCGAUGAUCGUGUUUACAAGUCAUUUCUAGAAAUAUUGAAUAUGUACAGAAAGGAAAAUAAGUCUAUCGACGCGGUCUACCAGGAGGUUGCUGCCCUCUUUGAAGACCACCCAGAUCUUCUUGACGGGUUUAUUCAGUUUCUUCCUGACGCUAUCACAGCUGCCUCUACUCAUGCUGCUGCUCGGGAUUCUGUGUUUCGUGAUAGGCGCUCUGCAAUGCCAACAGUGCGGCAAGUGCAUGUUGAAAAGAGAGAAAGGACCAUUGUUUCACACGGUGACCGUGACCCCAGUGUUGACCGUCCUGACCCAGAGCAUGAUGGACGCUUGUUCAGGGCUGAAAAGGAGCAUAAGAGACGUGUGGAGAAGGAAAAGAGCCGCAGAGAAGAUAGAGACAGGAGAGAACGAGAACGAAAUGAUAGAGAUUAUGAGCAUGACAGGGGUCGAGAUAGGGAACGGUUAUCCCAGAAACGGAAAUCUGAUCAUAAGGUUGAAGACUCAGGAGCUGAACCAUUGCUUCAUGCAGAUCAAAAUUUUGGUAUGUAUAGUCAAGAGUUAGCUUUCUGUGCUGAAGUCAAAGAGAGAUUACGAAAUCCUGAUGACUACCAGGAAUUUUUGAAGUGUUUACAUAUUUACAGCAGGGAAAUUAUUACUCGACAAGAAUUGCAGUCACUGCUUGUGAUGUUAAUAGGUACAAAACUUCAACAUGUUGUAGCCACUUUAGCACUUGAAAUCUGGGAGCAGCAGGGUCCAUCUGCCAGAACACAAGUAAAGCCACGCGAUGGUUUGUUUUGGUUCAACAAACCAGAGAUAUUGUUAUGGCUAAUACAAUUUGUGAUAUUUCAGAAUGCCUUUGAAAUGGCUUCAUUUAUUUGGACAUUGUGGGGAUUUAAAGAACAAUCAUACUUCAUGAGACACCAUUAUAUGAUCAUCAUUCGGCUGACAUGUGGAGUUUUUGUUCAGUUCUGGUGUAGCUAUAUGACAGUGCCCCUUAAUGUGAUAGUUUCACAGAUGGGAUCGCGAUGUAAGAAGGCUCUAGUGACAGAGAGUGUUAGAGAUUCCUUACACAGUUGGUGUAAGAGAGUAAAACAGAAAUCUAAGCAUGAUCAUUCUCUGCAUUCACAUACCGCUAGAUCAAUAUGUUCCCUGGGAUCAACAAUCGAUGAGAGGGAUGAGAUAACAGUGGUAUCUGGCACUCUAACUCGAACAACUUCCUUAGACUUAGAGUCUUUGAAUCAGAUGACAGUAACUUCAGUAGACCAGCUGAAUUUUCUGACUUCAAACAACCUCGAUGAUUCAACCGAUUUGUCAGAAUCCGUACAUAUUAAUUCACAUUACAAUAAUGUUGACAACGGAGAGGAAGCUAAAGUUGAGACUCUUCUUGAUUUGUUUCACAAAACAUGAUCAAUAUUUUGUUUUAUACAAGUCCUACUGCAUAACAAGUUGAAAUUCUAAAGUAUAGUAUAGAUGUGCAAAUCAUUCUUAAUCGCUAUGAAGUAUAGAUGUACAUUAUAUAUAUAUCACUAUUAGAAGUAAUAAAUUUAGCACCAAAAUUUGGAAUA